AUGUCGAGUAUAUUAAAUUUGACUCUACUGAAUCUACCAUCAACGAAUCAGAAUGAAGCUAGCAUUGAGUACUUUGUCAACACUCCAUUAUUCACUUUUCUGGUUAUAACAGUACCUUGCACAUUGAUUGGGUUGAUUGACUUCGCUGUCAACCUUAUCAACGUCUCGGUCUUUGCUGCCCAGGGGCUCAACCACCCGGUGGAAAUCAGCCUCUUCACCAUCGCCGCCUCUGACAUGAUCAAAGUUAUUUUUAUCAUGUUUGACAACUUGUGCACGAACUCUUACGCCGACAUCAUGGGAACGCCCCUGAAGCUUGACGAGGUGUUCUUCGUGGCGGGGUCUUUCCCUCUGGGGUGCGUCAGCCGGAUCACUUUACACGUGACCAUCUACGUCACAGCGGAGAGAUGCCUGUGCAUCUUACUUCCGCUUCAGGUCAAGAGAAUCGUUACGAAAAACGUCACCAUUAUCUGUGUAUCUAUGAUCGUGGCUUUAAACCUGCUCGCACUAUAUCCGGUGUACGUGACGUAUUUUCUCGCCUGGAAUUUUUAUCCCUACCUAAACAAGACUUUGCUCGGCUUUAGCGUGGCAACUUACGACCCGGUCACGUUUGCAAUGACCUACUUUCUUCACGUCAUCCUGGUUGUCGUAGGACUUUUCUUUCUGGUCAUCUCAACAUCAGUUUUAGUUUGGCAGCUGUCACGCAAGACAAAGUGGAGAAUGAGUCACACCAGCGCGCUCGACGCUCACAAAGUCGCGAUACAAUCCCGCGACAAGAAGUCCAUGAAGAUGGUGGUCAUUGUCGCAAUAUCUUUCGCCAUUGGCUUCACUCCCCUUGUGGUCACCAUUUUGUUGGCCUACUAUGUACCUGAGUUUAGUUUUGGAGGUCCGCUAGACGCCUUGUUUCACCACCUGUAUAGCAUUAGUUUGUUUUCGAUGUCAGUCAAUUCCAGCACUAAUAUUAUAAUUUUUUACAAGAUGAGUAGAAAGUACAGAGACAAAUUUAAACAAAUUAUCUCCCUCAAUGUUCAUAGGAAAAGUAAAAUCAUUGAAGAUAUUUAA